GCAAUAAUGCGCGAUUCACUUCUCGUCGUACAACGAGACAACCGCGCUUUAUCAUUCCCUACAUGGUGGGUCUCCGCGAUUUUGACGUGAGAAUGCGAGAAAGCUCCGCAUAAGAGCGAAAUUCGAUCGGAAAAGCUGAACCGCGAGUGUCGACGUCGACGAAAAUUGAUCGGCGGUUUUCCAACUUGGCACGGACGAGUGUGGCGUUGCGUGGCGAAUCUUGCCAACUAUUUCCGGCAGCUUUGGUCGCCUCCGGUCGCGAGGUGACGUUUACUGUUCGCCGUAGUUUUUGGUCUGGGUGUGUUUGCUGCCGAAGUCGGCGGGCGAGAGGUACUGUCUCGGGAGAUUCUGUCCACAUCGGCUCCGUGGCGAGCGGCUUCCUUCUGAGGUUCUUCCGCUUGCAUUCCGACCGCGGAAAGGAUGGGCCUGACGAUCAGCAGUUUGCUCACCCGGCUGUUCGGCAAGAAGCAGAUGCGGAUCCUGAUGGUGGGUCUGGACGCUGCCGGCAAGACCACCAUACUUUACAAGCUGAAACUCGAGAUUGUCACCACUAUACCCACGAUUGGUUUCAACGUCGAGACCGUCGAGUAUAGAAAUAUUUGCUUCACCGUGUGGGACGUGGGCGGUCAGGACAAGAUCCGACCUCUUUGGAGGCACUACUUUCAAAAUACUCAGGGUCUCAUCUAUGUAGUGGACAGUAACGAUCGGGAACGUAUCAGCGAGGCGGAACGCGAAUUGGCAAACAUGUUGAAGGAGGACGAGCUGCGGGACGCGGUGCUGUUGGUGUUUGCCAACAAGCAGGAUCUGCCCAACGCCAUGACCGCUGCUGAGCUUACGGAUAAGCUGGGCCUAAAUUCGUUGCGAGGACGUCACUGGUAUAUACAGAGCACUUGCGCCACGCAAGGACACGGAUUGUAUGAGGGUCUGGACUGGUUGAGUAACGAGCUAGCCAAAAAGUGAUAGCGCCUCACUAUAACCAGUAUCCUUAAGGACAGCUUAUUCAUCCAAUGUGAAUGUAGAAUGGGCGAAAGUCACUCAACAAUUUCCAUCUUCAAUCAAAUUGUAUCAUCUAUAACACUACAGUAAUAGUCGUGUACAGUUUAAACAGUCGCUACGAUUAUAAUUACCGCUUACAGAAAUUGACGCAAAUGCAAACAGGAGAAAUUAGAGCGAUUUGUCAACUUUUUUACCUCCUAGGUACAGUUAAAAUUCGUGUGAACUGUGUUCCAAAAACGAAACUUGUUUCACAGGAAAAAAAAGGAAUGUGUGAAAGCAUUAGAAUAUUAUAGAUGUUCUUGCAUCAUUUAUAAGAAUAUAUAUAUAAAUAUAUAUAUAUAUAUAUAUUAUAUAUAUAGAAGUUGUACAUAAAUUUUAAGUUCCUUCAUACAUAAUUAUCAUUAGGUCAAUAGAUGCAUUGCCGACUGUCAAUUCUGCUUUUUGAUACAUUGAGUGACAAAAUACCAUUUUCCUGAACAGAUUUAAUUGCAAAAAAUUUAUUUAUGUUGUAUUAGACAUAAAAAAUUCUCAUUGGAUGACAAUUUAUUUUCUAUCAUUUAGUUUACAUCUGUGCUAUUUAUCAGAAAUGACAUGAUGUAUUAUGUGAUGUUAUAUACACAGGUUGUUUGCAAUUUCCUGUUCUAAUAGAUAAGUAAAUUUUUGAGGUGAAUAAUUAUUAGUUUAUAAGGCUUAUAAAUAAGUACUUGAUUAACUUUAAUAUCGUAAAAAAAAUAAAACUUAAUGAUGAUUUUUGAGCUGCAAUUCUCAUUUUUAAUAAAAAUAGAUAUUUAAAAAAUGUAAGCAGCGUGUUUAAAAGAUUAUUGUCACAAUAAACCCUAAAAAUAUAUAAGGAUAUACAAGUUAAUCAGUUUUUUCACCUUAUAAAGUUAAAAAAAAUAUUUUCUUCUUUCUGUAUUAAUAUUCAAUAAAAAAGGUGGAUAAAGCAGGUUAUAAAAUAUUAUAGUAUUCAUUUGCUCGCUCAUCAAAAUUAUGUAUUGUCGUGUUAACUGAAUGUACAACUUUAUUACAGUACAAAACAGUACAGUAGUACUACAAGUACUGUAAAAUGUAUCAAACAAUUUGUUAA